UCACCUGUGUAUUCAUAAAAACUACUCGGGGUUUUGCUGUGAGCCUCAAACCGGUCCGACGAUUUCCACUACAAUUUUGUUUGCCAAAUCAUAAUAAGUUUUUUGUUAGACAAUACGCAAAUUUUAAAUCAAAUACAACUUCGGGUGGUCAGAUCGAUACUCGCAACUCAGGUAUACGAAGGUUUAUUAACAAGCGAAUAGUUAAGAUAACGUUUGCUUCGGUUGUGAUCGUUUAUGGUUAAUGGGUAAUUCAAAUAGCAAUAGCACAAUGGUCGACCCGGUGAGAUUUGUGAAUUAUGAAGACAUGUUGAAGGUCAUUCACGAGCCCGAGAAAGUGAUUAUUGAUGUGCGCAAUCCAGAUGAAGUUGAAUCAACUGGCAAAAUUCCUUCCAGUAUAAAUAUACCUUUAAACACUGUAUCCGACACUCUUGCGUCGAUGCCUGACGAUGAAUUCCUGAAACAGUACCAACGUGCAAAGCCCUCGGCAUCUGACGAGUUAAUUUUCUACUGCAAAUCCGGGAGACGUUCGCAAGAGGCCCUUGACAAAGCAUUAAAACUGGGAUUUUCAAACUCCAAGUCGUACUUAGGAAGUUGGGAGGACUGGUCAAGCAAACAGAAGUAAAUAAUCACUGGAAAAACUGGAAACGAUGAAGAGAUCCAUCACCACUAUUAUCUUUUUACAGUUAUGCUAUAAUUUUAAGGUCUAAAAUAAAUAUUUGCGCAAAA